AGGAGAGUCGAAGAGGAGCCGAAGGGAGCCGAGGAGAGACGAAAGGGAGCCGAAGGGAGCCGAGGAGAGCCGAAAGGGAGCCGAAGGGAGCCGAGGGUGUGGAGCGGGCCGAAGGCAGGCGGCAGGCUCGGCUUCGGCUUUUUCCUCAUGAGUAGGCGGCAGCUUGAAGAUGGGGUGCCACCCUCUGCCCUCCAAAAAAGCAGAAACUACCCCGCAACCCGAUCUUCCACAGCUAAAGAAGCCCAGCUUUGCAGGCCCACAAAGACAUUGUGCCUGGCUUCAACCCGCAAAGCAGCCAACAGACAUCUCCCCAAAGCGCUAAAACGUGGGAGAAAGCGCGGACUGAAAUCGGAAUUACAAGAACUGCAAGCCAAAAACGCUGCUUUGCCCCAAACGCCGGCUGAAGCCCCCGAGGAAGGUGAACGUCCUGGGGAGCUGACUGGCGGGGCGGUGCUCCCGGGCACAGCCGGAGUUGGCCUGACGACGGACGAGCCAUCCGGGCAGGAUGAGGCCGGCCUCUCCACCAGCCACCCCGAAUCGAACUGUCCUUUAGCCAGAGAAGAAAGCGAGGGCGGCCCCCACGGCCCUGGCGAGGUGGGCGACGGCAGUACCGGGUCGCUGGGGAAACCGGGGCUGGAGGCGGCGGGUCUCCAGAAGACCCCGCUGCAAAUGGACGGUAGCGUCUUUUUGGACGACGACAUUAACCAGCCCAUGCCUGUGGGUCAAUUUUUUGGGAACGUCGAACUCAUGCAGGACCUUCCACCAGUUUCUGCGCCUUACACUUUGAUGAGCCGGCGAGAAUUUAGAAAAAUGCACUUCCGGGCCAAGGACGACGAUGACAACGACGACGACGACUACAGUGAUGUAUUAUAAACGCAGAGGGGAAAAUGCCAAUACAUCUAAAGUAACAAAA